CUCAGAGGCGGAACUAAAGUCUCAUCAGGCUUUUCCUCUCGGACCGUAAACAUCAGCGUGCCAAGGGAAAAUGAAAAUGAGGAUUUGCUUCCCAGUUCAUCAGCUGGGUUGGAGCUUCAGCCUCAACAGGACAUGAAAUCCCUGAGGUUUCCCUGGAUCUGCCUUGUCCUCUUCUCUGUGUGUCUGCUGCUGUGGUACAGUCAUGUGAUGAGGUCUGGAUUUAACAUGAAAACAGGUCUGCGUGGUUAUGUGAGGGUUCAGCUCAACACUCGCUCAGCAUCACAUUUCCUGGACUUCCGCUGUGGCCGCUGUGCUGUAGUGUCCAGCUCCGGGCAGAUGCUGGGCGGUGGACGGGGUCAGGAGAUCGACCAACAUGACUGUGUGAUCCGGAUGAACGUGGCACCCAUCGUCGGGUUCGAGGCUGAUGUGGGGAACAGGACCAGUCUGCGUGUGGUCUCUCACACCAGCGUGCCACACCUGCUUCGGCAGCAGGGAUAUUUCUUCGGGCCAGAGGCGGGAACUACAUACGUCAUCUGGGGCCCUGAGAAAAACAUGAGGCAGGACGGAAAGGGGAAAAUCUAUAAUGCACUAGUGAUGCUGGCCAAGAAGUAUCCACAUACAAAUAUCUACACCGUCACCAGAGAAAAGGUUCAGUACUGUGACAGCAUCUUUCAAAACGAGACGGGCAAAAACAGGAUGAAAUCGGGGGCCUUUCUCAGUACAGGGUUUUUUACCAUGAUUCUGGCUCUGGAGGUGUGUGACAGUAUUCUGGUUUAUGGAAUGAUUGACGGAUCUUACUGCAGUAACGCCAACCACUCGUUUGUGCCGUAUCACUACUACGAGCCGUCGCGUCUGGAUGAGUGCCGCAUGUACCGCGCUCACGAACACGCCAAGAGGGGCGGCCAUCGCUUCAUCACAGAGAAGCUGAUCUACAGCCGCUGGGCGUCUCAGGGGAAGCUGCAGCUCAUUUAUCCACCCUGGCCACCGCAGGAACAUCUGCAAGACUAGUUUCAACCAGGUUUGAAGCAGGUCAGGCUUCAGAAAACCUUUUUCCUUGCAAUUUCAGUUUAUGCUUGUAUCAAAAAAGCAUUGUUGAGUUUGCUGUUUGAAUCAUGCUGCUUUGCCGUUGUUUAUUCAGCACGGUUCAUGAUUCUGUGUAGUAUUCUCUUCAUAACAACGAGCCUUCUGCAUUA